AUGGAGGGCGACCCAGAGGAUCUGGGCAAGGCACUGGAGGAGACAGGGGAUGGGCGGGCCUUGGCUGAGAUCCAGGAGCUGGCUCUGAAGUGGUUCAUGGAGACACAGGCCCCCUCUAUCCUGCAGAACGGAGCUCUGCCACCCUGGUUUCAUGGAUUCAUCACCCGCAAGCAGACAGAGCAGCUACUCAGGGACAAAGCUCUCGGUUCCUUCCUCAUCCGCCUCAGUGACCGGGCUGUGGGCUACAUCUUGUCUUACAGGGGUAGUGACCGCUGCCGUCAUUUUGUCAUCAAUCAGCUCCGAAACCGACGCUACCUCAUCUCAGGAGACACCCUCAGCCACAGAACGCUGGAUGAGCUCCUGCGCCAUUACCAGGAGGUGCAGCUUGAGCCUUUCGGGGAGACCCUUGCUGCUGCUUGCCCACGGCUAGAGGAAAACGAUCUGUACGACGCUGUCAACACGGGCCUCCAGCAGACUAAUCUGGGCCUGGAAAUUCCAGCCAUGGAAUUUCCCAUCAUGGUCCCGGACAAGGCCACCAGCCCCCGACUUGCUUCAAAGCCCCAGGUCUCCUUCCUGCACACCAAGAAAGCUCUAGAUGUGAGUCCCCGGACUGUCUCAAAAGAGGAAGGUGCAGAGGCACCCACUAGAGUGCCCCCCAUUCCCCAGAGGAGCCCCUCUCUUCUGGAUGAGCCUUCUGCAAGCCCCAGUGACAUCAUCUAUGCAGACCUGAAGAAGAUGAACCGGGCACAGCUAAACCUGGGCACAGAGGUAUCUGGCAGGCACGGGCCAGUUCCAGCGGGCAGCCUGGCUUGUUCCCCAGACAGGGAGCCCUCAGGGAAACUCUCAAAUGAAGAUCAGAACAGGCCCAAUAGCCUGGGGCCUGGCCCAUCCGGAGUAAAACCAAACCAGGGCUCUACAAUGCCUUAUGCUUCAUUGGGAUUCCCCCAGGCCCCCAAUUCUGAGCCCCUGGGAUCACGGGCUACUACUUGGAGGCAGGGGUUCCUAAAGCUGAGCCAUGAGGCUCAGUCCACCUCUGAGGCCAGCUCUACCGAUACCUACCAGCUUGUUGGGACAGCAGGCCCACAGCAGGAGGGUAGGGACAGACCAGACCAAGGAGGCAGUACCUAUGAGCAGAUUCCAGCCUGCUGGCAUGGCCCUGCCAAGUUCCCAUACCCAGGAGUCAGUCCCACAUACAGCCAGCUCUCAGAGCCUUCGAACUGUGGCCACGAGAAGAUCUCGGGGACCUCUCAGCUGCCAGAGCCAGGAAACACUUAUGAGCAAAUCCCAGCCUCCAAGAACAAGGACACUGGACGGGUGCCCAAGCCGGACAAAUUUCGGAGGCUCUUCUUCACAGACAAGAAGCACAGAUUCUGAGGAAGGCCCGUCAUGUGGAGGGUUUCUGGGUGUCCACGCCACACCAAGGAUUACUGGUUCCCUCUGCUCACCUGAAGGUGUGACCCAGCCAGCCACUAUGGAAGCAGGCUCUGGGAUGCAGCCUAGAUACCUCUCUGGGAAGGUCUGGGAGAGGCCCUGCAGCAGCCUGCACUCCUGGAUGUGUCCUCCGUGCUGUCUGUCCACACAGUGAAGGAAAUGAGGCCAGCGAGAGUGGGGGACUACCUAAAGGGAGGGUUGGACGAACACGUAGAGGCCUGGGCUGAUCGGCCAAGCCUGCCUCACUCCUCAGAUACUUAACAAGCAUGUGGCAGGCCCCUUGCCAAGACAGACAUUUUCCCAACAUUACACUAUUACUUCUGAGAACAAAACCAAUUCCCUUCCUCAUGGUCUUGCCGGAAGAUGGGAGGAGAAGGCCAGGAGCCACACCUUCUGCACCUGCCCCAAGAGGAUGACAGCAAGAAGCUUGGGAUAUAGCAGCCAGGGCCCAGCUUCAAAAGCCAUGGCUCUGACCUAAUAGCUGGAUGGGCUCCUGGGAUCCGCCCCAGCUCUUCCUGCCCUACUUCUCCUUCUUUAUCCUAGCUUCACUCUGCAAACUCCUAGAUUAUGCUAGAGCCACCUGUUUGAAGAUGUAGUUGUUGGGGGCGUGAAAAGAGACUCCUCAGUCAGGGGACAUUUGAUGCCUUGCCUACGAUGCUGCUUACCCCUACCUGCUCUCUGCCUCCAGCCAGCCCUGACCUUUGGGUCAACUCAGAUUCCUCCCAUGCAAUCCACCACCAGCCUGGCGGUUUUACCUGCAGUGAGUGCCCAGGGCUUUGCCCAGACACCAGUUUGGGAGUAGGGCACGUAGGCCUCUUGCCUCAGCUGUCCCCUUGGCCACAAGCUGGCUCUUCCAGGGACCUUUCCUGUUUUGUGCCACUUCCCCUCAACCAUGUGUCCCCACACCCAUACGGUCUGCUGUCCUCUGUCCACCCUGACCCUACACGCAGGAAGCAGGAACCAAGACCACAGUUCCCCUCCCCACGUGCCUCCACCCAGGCCCUGGGCAGAACUGGCUCAGUGCACAUUUGUGGGGAAAGCCAUUCCUUGGAAGACUUUUGCUUGAUGCUCUUUUUUCCUCUAAACUCUAGAAGUCUCUUUCUGCUGGGGAUGGCAGCAAAAGGUUUAAGAGAAGUAGGUUAGCCCGAAACCUUACAUUGGAGAACAGUCUAUUAGCCAGACAAAACUACUACAAUCCUCACCCAACACCCUGAAACCAAAACUAUCAUCCAACACCCGGGACAACGCUUCACCCAGGCUAAGGCUUCAGGGACUGAAUGCAGAGGUUCCACUGGGCAUGCUCAGUGCUGACAGACACAGAGAGCGCAGG